CCUUACAAAUGGUUAACAGUCGUUGUCGGACUACUUGUUAGUUGGCCAGGCAGCUUAUUUUCGAAUUGUUCAAAAAUAAACAUAACACACCAAAGAAAAAAACAGGAAUCAAACCUUUGAAUGGAUUCCGACUUGGAUAGUGAUGGUGAAGAGGAGAAGCUGCUUGAAAGGGCUUUCGAGAUCAAGUACGUUGAUGACUAUGACCCUGAGGAAACGCCUACCAAUGGAUAUGAGUACCUCAUGAGGGUCAAACAUGAGGCGAAGCGGUGCCCUAAGGUGAAAGUGGCCGAGAUUGACAUGAAGAAGUUUGACGACCAGACAUUCAUCGUUCCCAAAAGAGAAACUUAUUCGGUGCCGGUUUCAUACUUGCCAACGGAAGAGUGGCAGAGGGAGCAGGUCGAGGCGUUCAGCCGUGUUAGGGAUGAGGUGUCUUACUUCAAAAGUCAACGAGGCACUGAGGAAUUGAACAAUGUGGUUAAUGUUACAAAACCGGAGAAAUGGUUCGACUACAUCUAUGGGAGAGACGGCACGCCAGGAGAGGUACCUUGGGUUAAGGAUCUGAUUGGCAUGAAUGAGGCGAGCCUGUGCAGGGCAUUGGACCUUUUCGAAAGCUGGCUCGACGAAGGCAGGUCGCAACUCAACGACCAUACCUGCCUCUGGAUUUACUCAUUGCUGGCCUUCAUCGCCACGCCACUCCUCCCAGAGACGUGCGCCUGCCUACGAUCUCUUGCAUGCCAUGCGAUCAAGGCAAGAGCCGACGUGGGUGGGCCAGACGACAAGGCACUUGUUAGAGCCAACCUCUUAGUGUGCCUUGUCGGAAGGUAUUUUAGCCAAGCAGAUCUAGCUGACAACAACUGAUUCAUGUAUUAAAAAAAAAGAUUUAAAUAAGUAUAAGUGUUUAUCCUAUAGCCUUUCUAUAUAGUAGGAUUUUAGGUUUAUUUCCCCAUUGUAACUUUUAUAGCAAAGCCACAACUUUUGGAAAACUAAGGAGACUAAAGGAAUAAAAUACUAACUCUAUUUGAAA